UGCGCAGAUGGGGCGCGCGAGGCAUCACGGAGCUCGUAGUCUCCCGGACGGGCCGCUCCAGGCCUCGCGGCGGCGCCUCCCCACACUACAACUCCCACGGGGCAGCGGGCACGGCUCCCCGCACCCACCGGCUGGCCGGCAGGGCAGCCACUUCGCGGUCGGGCCCGCCGGCUGCCGCCCGCGCGAGGGGCGGGAAGAUGGCGGACGUGGUCGUGGGCAAAGACAAGUGCGCGGAGCAGCGGCUCAUCUCGCUGCCUCUAUCCCGCAUCCGGGUCAUCAUGAAGAGCUCCCCCGAGGUGUCCAGCAUCAACCAGGAGGCGUUAGUGCUCACAGCCAAGGCCACGGAGCUCUUUGUUCAAUGUCUAGCCACCUAUUCCUACAGACACGGCAGUGGAAAGGAAAAGAAAGUACUGACUUACAGUGAUUUAGCAAAUACUGCACAGGAAUCAGAAACUUUUCAGUUUCUUGCAGAUAUAUUACCAAAGAAGAUAUUAGCUAGUAAAUACCUGAAAAUGCUUAAAGAGGAAAAGAGGGAAGAAGAUGAGGAGAAUGACAAUGAUAAUGAAAGUGACCAUGAUGAAGCUGAAUCCUAAACCAAAAAAGUGCUUUAAAAACCAGCCUGGCGAGGACUGCCCUGGACCCGCUCCACUGUCUAUAAGUAAACACAGCACUGCCCGCUUUUAGCAUCUUCACUUCACAGACUUCCAGUGCAUGAUAUUCUUUCAAGGUAUUCUUUCCAGGCCAAGAUCGAGCGCCUCAUGCACCUGCGCCACAAACAGCCAGAGGGAAAGUGACCCAGACAGCAGUCCCUCCUUGACAGGCCCACCCUGCAGCUCAGGCACCAAGAAAGCAGCCGAUACUGGCAGCCAUUGCAGCUCCAAACUGCAGAGGCAAAGCCAAUUUUAACUUUUCAAUUUACAGUCGAUUUUGAAGAACUUCGAUGUAUCAGUUAUGUAAAUUCAUGUAUGUAUAUUUUGGAAUCAGUUCUUAUAAACAGCUCGAUUCAGUUUUAGCUAAAUAUAUAGUUUAUAGGACGUAUAUUUGAAUUUUUAUCUUAAGUUGACUGUUCAGAUAUUUUUCUACUGUAAAGAAAUAUACUUUUCUAUUAAAGAAAAGAAUUUUCUAUUAAAGAAUUACUGUACAUAUUUUUACAGUAAAAUGCUUUAUGGAACUAGUUUUAACUGCCUGCAAAUUUUGAGAAACUUAAAAAUAAGCAUUCUAACACUUUUAUUACCACAGAAAAAUUCCAAGUCAAAUUAUCAAAUCAAAUACAAAAAUAAGUCUCACCUCUUGUAUAAGCAUGUUGUGCUAAAAAAAAGUUUUGAAACAUUUUGUAUAUUGAAGAUCUCUCAUCUUCCUGUUCUUUGCUUUAAAUUCCUGGCACUUGUUUGUACUGUCUCGAAGAGAAAACCUAUCAUAAGCCUAUUUUUUUUUUUUUUUUAACCCCCCAUAGGGUAAAUGUUU